AUGAUGCGCCCACGGCCCGCGUCUUCUUUGCAGAAGACAUACGAUGAAUGCUAUCUCGCGUGCUCGACUGCGGUCUACUUUGAAGGUCAAAAUAAUGAAGAUGAAGCAUUACGAUCGUGGAAAUCGGCGCUCGAGACAAUCAAUUAUCAUAAUGCCCGUCGGCUACCCUCGACAUAUACACCCAAGUCUGAGACGGAACGAGCGCUGCAAGAUUCCAUCCGCGCAUUAGAAACUCAAUGCCGAGACCGGGUCGAGCUGCUGGAAGCUCUUCGCGAAAGCCGUAAAGAGUCGGCCGAGGCCAAUGGCAGCAAAGAACCUUCGACUCUCAAGAAUUGGAGGCUCCCUUACCAUAUGAAACGUUCUCCGUCGUCAAAUCACUCACCGGGCUAUAUUGGAGAUGGAACAAUCCCCGCUGUCGGUUAUACCGACUUGUCCAAGCCUGCCGCAAUACCCGGGCAUCGAGGCGCCGCUAAGCCCACGCCCGACUCUCAGGCUUUGGUGGAUGAGGCCCCCGCCUUGGAGGCGCCGGCUCUACGAGUGGAGUCCAACUCGUCAGACGUGAACAAGUCCCGAGGUUCAAGCCCCGAGAGACGGAAAGGGAUGUUGACAACUUUACGAAACAAAGAAGGAAAGAAGAACAAAACCAGCUCAAAAAGGAAAGAUAAGAAGGAAACCAGACCGGCCGCGUCAAAAGCAGCAGGUUUGGCGUGGGGAAGUAUAUACCGGACGCCAUCGAGAGAGAAGACUCAUAGCGAAGCGAUGUUGGCUUCUCGACAGAUGGUCACUCGUGACCCCAAUUUCCGGCGUGAUGUCGAGCCCCGAACCAGCUCUGGUGAUGAACCUGUGCCCUCAAGAAAGUCCACACCACGAAAGACCGACUCCUCAACGGACCAGAUUCCCGCGGCGCACUGGCGUGAGCCCCAGCUCCCAACUGCCUCGAGCAGGCGUUCCCCCAAACCUUCGACAUCGACAUCGACAUCGACACCGCUGUCUCCGCGAAGACCUCCGUUGUCUGCCCAGGGCCAUCACUCGUUCUCGCCUCCAUCUUCAUCCGGUCAAAUCUCCAUGCCGGAUCCGAAAGAUUUCACACGGUCCUCCACGUCCUCCCCUGUUCCCAAGCCCUCAGUUAAGCCCAAACCCGCCGGUCUUCGAAGUUCAUUGGCGCCUCCCACGAAACCUACUCCCGCCAAGUCAGAAGGCAGUUCGCCUUCUGCAACACCUCGGCAGGAACGGAACGCUCAUUUACCGAGCAGCAAAUCACGCACUAAAUCUGCCCCGUUGGCACCACCCACUAGACCUCCAGCGACCAACUCACCGUCUUCAAGAACUGGGGCAAGCCGACAUGCCGCAGCUCACGCCAACUCCUCUCUUCCUUCAACGAAAGAGGAAAAAUCGGUGCGACGAAAACCGCCUGCGCCAAAACGCCAAGAAACGCCGCCAUCAAGUGAUCCGGAAUCUUGGGAGCAGCGAUCCUCCUCCUCCGAUCCGGACGACGAGGACGAGGAUGAUGAAAACACAGAUGUCACAAAGAUCUUGGGCAAGCUGCCCAAAGGAAUCGACUUGCAGUCGGCUCGACAAAUCCUGAAUGACAUCGUCGUCCGCGGAGAUGAAGUACAUUGGGAGGAUAUUGCGGGACUCGAUGGAGCAAAGAAAGCGCUCAAGGAGGCUGUGGUGUACCCCUUCCUCAGACCGGACUUGUUCUCGGGGCUUCGUGAGCCCGCUCGCGGCAUGCUUCUCUUUGGCCCUCCAGGCACGGGCAAAACCAUGCUGGCCCGUGCAGUAGCAACUGAAUCGAAAUCCACCUUCUUCUCCGUCUCUGCGUCCAGUUUGACGUCCAAAUGGCACGGCGAGAGUGAGAAGCUCGUGCGUGCCCUGUUCGGGCUCGCCAAGGUCCUCGCGCCCUCUAUCAUCUUCGUGGAUGAGAUUGACUCAUUACUCUCCACGCGGUCCUCGAGCUCCGAGCAUGAGGCGUCUCGACGAUCGAAAACCGAGUUUCUUAUUCAAUGGUCCGACCUUCAACGUGCCGCAGCCGGCCGUGAGGUAUCUGCGCGUGAAAAGAAGAUGGGAGACGCCAGUCGCGUGCUAGUCUUGGCUGCCACCAACAUGCCUUGGGACAUUGACGAAGCCGCGAGACGCCGAUUCGUACGGCGACAAUAUAUCCCACUUCCAGAGCAUCAUGUGCGUGAGCAGCAGCUACGUAGGUUACUGAGCCAUCAACACCACCAGCUCAGUGAUGCCGAUAUACAGACUCUUGUAGAAAACACAGAGGGCUUCUCCGGCUCCGACAUCACAGCCCUUGCCAAAGACGCGGCCAUGGGCCCUCUUCGUAAUCUCGGCGAAGCUCUACUUCACACUCCGAUGGAUCAAAUCCGAGCCAUCGAAGUUGGAGAUUUCGAGGCCAGUUUGACGUCAAUCAGACCAAGCGUAUCAUCGACAGGUCUCCGUCAGUAUGAAGAGUGGGCGAGAGAAUUUGGUGAGCGUGGCGGAUGA